UGGCCGCUCUGCCGCGGCGCAGGUACACAGGUCGAACGGUCAGUCGUAGUCAGUCGGUCUGGCGACAGAUAGGGAUAAGGGUGAGCCGCUGCGCAGGGACCGCGGGACGAGGCAGAGUUUACGCGUUGGGUUCGAAUGAGGAACGGUAGCAGGUUCGGGGAGUUGGUGACAGAAACACGGAGAGAGAGAGAGGGAGAGACGGGAAUACCGUGACCGAGGAGACGGAACCGAGUUCCGGAUGAGAUUAGGGCCAGCCACGAGGCAUUGAGGCAGGACUACCGGGCCGACAGGAACGGGGAGAGCAACUGUCAGCCAGCCGAUUCCACCGGGCGCUGCAUCUGCCGCACAAAAGCACAGCUUGCGCACUGUUGAGCCGCGUUACCGAGCUACUUGCGCGUACCGCCGAACUCUGCCCGCUCGGUCAUCCCUGCCGAGCCAGUCGAGAGCUUUCGCGCGGAGUGUUUACGUCGUCGGCGCGGGUAAAUACGCACGCUCCUCCCUGCUACCGGGGCUCCCGGUUCGUUCGUUGGUUCGCCCGUUCGUUCGUAGGUGCGCGAUCCUCGGUUCCCUCGAUCCUCGCGAUCGGAUCAGCUGGCGGAGAGCCCCGUCGAUCCUUCGAGCGGUCCUCGCCGCGGAUACAUGUGACGGUCGCCGCGUAGAUCGUCGCCAGUGCAACUACUCUCGCCCCCUGUCCCGCGUACUCGUGUUCGUUUCGCGAUCGUGCGUCGAUUAAUCGCUCAGCAGGAUACUUCUUCUGGAUAUACUCUGUUCGUGUCGGUCUUGGAGACUCGCGGGAACUUUCUCGUGAUCGUCGCGUGUGUCCCGGACAAACCGAAGGGAAGCGAGUGCGGAGAAGAGAGUUUCUGUGCUGUGUCAUGAGAACUGCCAGGUUCCUUCGCCACUGACUGUGCGAUUCUUCUCGGAGCCGAUACCCGGUGGUCGUUCGAGUCGCGAUCGAACCGCGUGCCGCUCGAUUACUCCCGUCGACGAUCGUCGUCUCGCGGACGUCUCCGCCGAGCAGCCGGGGCGACGCGCCGGAGCGCGCGUAAACGCGGACUGGUUCUUUCCUCGAUCUCGGUGAACAUUCGUGCGGCAAAGUGACCACCACGAAGUGCAACGACGACAACACCAUACAACCUCGUGACGUGAUCGUCAGCAUCAAUGAUAAACGGAACCAGAGCAUCGAAUUGAGGACAAUCGCCGACCUCUCCAACGCCAAGAACAAUAGCUCUACCGAGCAGCCGGACGGUAGCAAGCAGAUUCUGACCACCAGUCUGACGCGUCACUAUGCUUCAGUGAUGGAGGGCGAGGGCACGCUGGGCCGCAGCCACGGGAACGGGGGCCGUGGACUGCGCCGUCAACGGUCCCUGGAAUGGCGAGAGAGGCGCGGUUACGGGGCCAGUGCCCAAUCGAGCAGCGACGACGAAGAGAACUCCCGUCACGCCGUCACGGCCGCCGCCGCUUCGUCCGCUGCUAGAGGCGCCCGGAGUCCAGGCCAGGUUCUCGCUUCUCUCCUGGCGCAGCAGUAUGGAAGUGUUGGCGAUCGGUCAUAUCGCACUGGUUCCGACACGGAAGGCGCCGCGACCACCGACAACCCGACAACACCAUUCCCAACGCCGCCGCCAACCUUGACGCCGAAUCAUCGGCAGGCAUCACCGUUCCCUCUGGAAAGCACCAAUUCUCGCCGGCAUCAUUACAACGGGAGCAUAUCAUCGGAGAGAUCCCGCAACGGCAACGGCGAAACGGUGUACGCGGCGCCGUCCAAAAAGACGAACACCGGCGGUGGGACCUUAGGGCGAAGAACUCGGCGAGGUCACGCAAGCGCUUUGAGCAGCAGCUCGACGGCGAGCGACCGUUCCGAGACCGUCUUCCCCGACGAGCACUCUCGCAUGCAUCUCACCAAUGACACGGGCAGAGAUUCUCCGCCGGAACCAGCGCCGCCGGAAGUUCCGCCGCGCGGCCCGUCUCUCCACGCGACUCACACUCUGCGUACGCAGCAAAAUCGAAAUGGCUGCCCGCCGAACGCCACUGGGAACUACGCCGUGCCAACAGAACAGAUGCAGUCGGAGAAGUAUUCGGAGUACUUGAUGUCAGGAAGUCCGCGGAGCUACCCGGCCCGGUCUCCGGGGGUGGCGACCACGCCAACCGUGACCAGCGAGCGAGGCAGCCUGUCGUUGUCGUUGCCUUGCAAGCGGCAAUACCUGGUGAAAUACAAACGGAAGGAGGGCAGGCAGGCCGAGGAACGGGGCUCCGCGUGGCCCGGUCUCUCCGACGAUCGUCGUAAAAAGUGUGCAACGGUGAAGGGUAACGGUGGAUUCGGCGACUACUCGGCCGCGGGCGAGUUCGAGGUCUGGGGCGACGAUCAGCACGCGUCGGAUGGUGUAGAUCGCCAGGGGAGGCCGCCUUCGCGGCAGCAACGAUGCGAAGGCGGUUCGUCGCUGAGACCGUUGCUACACGUUACCCACCACUGUGAGCUCCACUCGCCCCGCGAGCCCGAGCUGCUCCGGCUGGACCAUCUCGAGGCCCUCGAACACAAGUCCGCCGACCACGAUUCCUACACCAUGAUGGAGAACUUUCGCAGCCCCGUGCCGCCGCCGCUCCCGCGACGCCACGUCCG